UCAAACGUCAUAACAAGUCUCGCAAUUGAGGUUAAGUUUUAAAAAUAUUAUAGAGAAUUUUUUUUGAAUAGUUAAAAGGUUCUGAAAUUUAACAAAGAAAUAAGAAUCAUGCUUAGUGCAUUAAGAACAAGUUUCAGAAUUUCUGUGAAUAGUUUAGUACGAUCGUUUCAAACAACUACCCCAGCAACAAUAGAUAGACUGGAUCACAAGAGGAUCCCAGCAGACGACGAAGGAGUUCAAGGAGAGAAAAUUAUCGAUCUAGAUUCAGUAUUAAAAGCUAAACAAGGUCUCUUCCCAACAUUGGAAUCUGAUAACAUAUUAUAUGAUGGUGUACCAUACAAAGAUCUCUCAAUCUGCAACAUUCGAGUGAGUCACAACAACACAGUAUUCACCCUCACUGACCAUGCCGGCACAGUGAAGCUGAUCCGGUCCUGUGGUAUGGAGGGCUUUAAAAAUACCAAAAAAGGAACCAAUAUUGCUGCACAGACUACUGCCAUUAGUAUAGCGACUAAAGCUAUUGACCGAGGCAUCAAAAAUAUUAGAGUCAGAGUGAGGGGCCUUGGACCUGGAAGACUGUCUGCAGUCAAAGGAUUACAGAUGGGAGGUUUACAAAUAAUUUCUGUUACUGACAACACUAGAGUAUCAUGGAAUCCGCCGAGACCAAGGAAAGCUAGAAGAUUGUAAAUCAUUAUUAAUUGCUAUUUUAAAAAUUUAGUUAUUAGAAAUAAAAAUUUUAUUUAAAUCAAA